GGAGGUGAGAAGCGAGACAGCAAAAUAUUCCGGUUGUUCUGUUGUAAGCGAACGAAAGAUCAACAUUUACCAUACCAUUUGUCGCUUUUAUUGAACUAGAAACAAACCAAGCCUACUGUAACGUUAUAUCACACGUGAUUUCCUGAUUGUACGUUAGGUGAGAUUAGGAAGUACGCGGCCACAGAAGCCGAAUUAUAUGAGUGAAGGGCUAGCUGUUAGCUGGCUAGCUACAUAGCAUAGCCAUUGAUGCAAUGGCGUUGAAACGAAUCCAGAAGGAGCUGUCUGACCUGCAGAAGGACCCACCUGCUCAGUGCUCUGCUGGACCAGUUGGGGAAGAUUUGUUUCAUUGGCAGGCAACAAUAAUGGGUCCGAGUGACAGCCCUUAUCAGAGCGGAGUGUUUUUCCUCACCAUUCACUUCCCGACAGAUUACCCCUUCAAACCACCUAAAGUUGCAUUCACAACAAAAAUUUACCACCCUAAUAUCAACAGCAAUGGAAGUAUUUGUCUGGAUAUACUGAGAUCACAAUGGUCACCUGCACUUACAGUAUCAAAAGUAUUAUUGUCUAUCUGCUCUCUUCUUUGUGAUCCAAACCCGGACGACCCACUGGUACCAGAGAUCGCCCAUACGUACAAGGCUGACAGGGAAAGGUACAACAAAUCAGCAAGAGAAUGGACACACAAGUAUGCAAUGUGAAAAUGCCAGGGAGAUCAAAAUAGAGAAGAAAAGAAACACGUUUGAUUUGUAACUUGAGGCAAAUGAGCAACAGAGGUGAUGAUGAGGAGGAGGAAGUGAUACAAUGAGGUACAGUGCCACCUGGCUUUCCAUGUGCUGAGCUGCUACCAUGUGCUGUCCUUCAUGACUUGUGUGAAUCUGCUGAGCAGGACCUGAUGGGCUCCUUAAAGCACUCCCAUAUGGAAUACCGGAAACUCUUCACAGUCCAUACCGCCACACUCAGACUUUAAACUGUUACUCCCGCUAUUGUGAUUUUCACCAUUGUUGUUGCUAUUCAUACUCAUAAUUUUCACUGUCAAUGAGUCAUAUUGUUGUGCUGUUCUGAAGCAAAAUGUUUGAUUUGUUUUUGGAGAUAGGCUCUCCCUUCAUUUUCAGAGGUACUGUCUGUGUCCCACUGGAUGUCUUGUUAUUGCUGUAUUUCCAUGUAUUUAGUGGCCUUUCUGUGUUAUGAUUUUUGGUAUAUGUGCAAUUGAGGCAGAAUGUUCCCUGUUAAACUCAAACUGGUGCAGUACCAUUACCAGCAGCUGAUCUGUUGGCUCAUACUGUCUCUACCCCGUAACAAUGUGAAAGAUGCAACGAAGGAUUGGUCUCUUAUCACCCACACUGCAUUUUAAAUUGCAAUAGUAUUUAGUGGUUUUGAGGACACUGUUGAGGCGAAUGUCAACUCCCAUUUUUCUCACACAUGCUGUCAUUGCCCUUCUAUCCUGUAUAACACCGAUGGCUGGUAUCCACAGUGCACACAAUACUACUGUUUGACUUAUUACUUGUUGUUUAGCUAUGAACAUGGCUACUCUUUGGUAUAUAGCUGAGCUGUGUGCCACCUCCUCAGUACAGUUACUCAGGUAUCAAACCAAAUCAUCAGCCUUUACAUGCAGUGACUCAUUGUGAGAAAAAUGGCCAGGUCCCUUAUCAUCAGGCUUCUUAAAAAAUGUACUGAUCCAAGUUCACUGGUUUGUUCAUAUACUAGGAAAAAGCUCACCCUGAAGAGACAAAAUGAUGAAAGAAGGAUCCGCACUCCUGAAGUUCUUUAUGCGUAUAGGCCGCGACGGUCUGUGUUGCACAAAAAUAAGCGGUCCCAAAAGUAGUUAUUUUGUCUCUGAGAGGGCUUUUUUAUUAUCCCUCUCAAGUUCUUUUCGUUUCCAUCUUCAUAUAUUUUUUUUUAGCAACAUUUGGAUGUGAGCAGCUUUUAAACGAUGCCGUUACUCAUGGACAUACAAACUUAAACAGACGUGGCAUUUUUCAGAACCUAGUCAUAUCAAGUCAUGUGCAUCUUGUUACUUGAGGUGAAGAAAUACAGUUUUCAUGACAAUUUCAUCUGCUUCAAACAUCAAGUGAUGUGACGAUUGUCAGCAUUUCUUUAUGUUUGUAUUCGGGUCUACAAAGGUUUGUUUUGUUUUGGGAUUAACAAUCCACACUGGCAGUACAACAGUUUGUCUCGUUGAAACAUUGGUGACCGUUUGUAUUGUACCUUUGAAAGCUUUAGUGAUAGGUAAUUUCAUUUUCAUUCAUGUCACCAGAAUUGAACAAGAUUGUGAUGUGUCAUAAUGUAAUAUUGAUUUUAAUAUAAUUCAUUGUGGCUGUUGGGUAAAAUAGUUAGGAAAUGCUAUGAUUUUGUUCUUUUCUUUCUUACUUUUUUUUUCUUUGUCACACUCAUAAUGUGCUGAUGCUGCCAAUAUAAAGGGAAUUGUUUGACAUUAUAAAGGGGAAGACAUUUAGCUUUUGAGGCAUUAUUGAGUGGAUUCACCCAGAUAGGUCCAUACUAAAGCAUGAACAUUUUAGAAGCUUUGAUUGUAGAAUUAACACCAUGGUUCAGGCACCAAAUUUUCAUCAUUGUCAGCUGCUGUAGAGAAAAUUAUCAAAAAAAAGUCAUUUUGAAAAUACAGUAUAUGCUAAAAGGUUUUGAAAAUAUAUCCUCAAAAUGCAAUGAAAGUCUUUUUUUCUGCUACCAGACCACAAUUGAAAAUGACUUGCUUAAUAGUACUAGUUCAAACUUUGUGUGCAUUGUUAGUCUGGCUAUUUAUUUGAGAGCAGAGUAUCUUCCAACUGUACCAAUGAAUGCAGCCUCAAUUCUUCAUGUGAGUGGUGCGGCGUUGACUUCCUUUGUCCAGUGUGCUCAAUAGAGUUUAUAUAGGCAACUUGGCAUGCUUUGCACUCUGGCGAACCUUCUCACAGCCAUUUGCCAGAUAUCAGGGAUUUCGUUACAAUUCAUCUGCCUAACACCUCUGACUAAAAUUUUAGCCUUAACCCUCAUUUUGUAUAUAUAUAUAUAUAUAUAUAUAGAAAACAUUGUCAUGAACUGUAAAUUUGCUAUCAGGGCUGUAUCCCCCAAAUGGGUGAUUCAUUUCAUCAAAAGACAUGGAAACCUGCUUGAACGGUAACAAUAUUUUUGUUGAAAAUGACAGCCUGGCUUUCUCUUGACAGCAGGACCAGCCUUCAUGCAUCUCAAAAUUUGGAAUAUGUCUGCUUGAAAUGCCACCAUGAACGUCCACUUGUCCUCACAUAGCCUACACAAGAUAACUAUUGACCUUGUCAUAACAUAAAUAAAGCUCAUCUUGGUUUACCGUU